GUAUGCACUUGAGAUCUACGCCAGAAUGCUGCCCGCCUGGCUGAACGCGGAGUAUAUUCAAACCCAGCUGAGAGCCCACACCAAGAAUGUUCAGCUGCGAGUCCUUAAGCUUUGGGGCAAGCCCGCCACUGGCAAGGGGGAGAACUUUAUUGGCACUGUGACUCGCAUCCACGUGGACUACGACAGUGGCGGCAGUGGAGCGGCGCAGCACCAGUCAUACAUCCUCAAGCAGCCCAGCUCAGUGGACGCGCCCCAGGCAAGCAUUUUCUUCGAGUACGAUGUGUACGCACGGGAAAUGGACAUGUACGACUUUGUGCUGCCCAGAAUGGCCGAGCUGCUGCGAGGGAUUGGAAUCAAGGAGAAGCUAACCGCAGACUGUGUGGCUGUGGACAGGCAACACUCCGUUCUGAUACUCGAGGACUUGGCGCCUCUCAAGUAUGCCAAUGCUGACCGGUUGAAGCAAUUGGACACGGCUCAUGCCAAGCUGGUGCUGGAGCUGCAGGCAAAGUUCCAUGCCGCAGCCGUGAUACUCAGAGAGCGACAUCCCGAGCUGCUGGCAAAGAAUUUCUCCACGCAUUUCUUCUGCCGAGAGAAGCAGGGAUACGGAGAGAUCUUCACCAGUUUGUUUGAGUCUUUCAUGGGGUAUGUCAAGACCCAACCCAAGCUGAAUGAUCGCUACGGUGCCAAGUUGGAGCUGGUCCUGUCCAAUUUGAUGGAGUACGCAGCUCGAACUGUCGAUGUUGCCCCGGAGGACUUUCAGACGUUGGUUCACGGCGACUGUUGGACCAACAAUGUCAUGUUCCAAUACGAUGACAAGGGCUGUCCUGUCAAUGUCGUCCUGCUAGACUUUCAGUUCUGCACUUGGACCUCGCCGGCUGCCGAUCUGCACUACUUCUGCAGCUCAUCCCUGAGGGAAGAUGCCAGAGAAAGGGAAACGCAGCUCGUGCAGCUUCACUAUUGUGCCUUGACAAAGAUCUUGGCAAAGUUCACACAUAAAUGUGUGCUGCCAAGCUUGCUCGAGUAUCAGCUGCAGUUCGAGCGCCGUCGAUUCAUGAGUUUUGUUAUUGCAAUCACACUUCAGCCCCUGAUGCUGUACGAGGGCACGGAGGAUGCUGAUUUUUCGUACCUCUAUCAGGAUACGCCGAAGGCGAGGCGCUUCCGGGACUCGAUGUUUGCUUCGGAAAAAGUGCAGAGAAUGGUGGAAAAGAUGUUGCCAGUGGCAGAUGCCAAGGGACUGUUGCAGCCACAGUAGAAAACUUCGCAUUUAAACAAUAGAAAGCUGCGAUGAAACAUAGUUGGAACGUAUCCUAUCCCAACUCAAAUAAAAUAUCCACUUAAAAGGUA